UUACUUCUGUACAUACUAACUUGUAUUGUAUAUUAACUUGUUAUUUACCUGAUGAUUAACUUCCUCAGAAACUGUAAAUCACUUGUGAUGGCAACAGUUUAUUUUGGUUCAGGGCGGGAUGUGAAGUGAUAUGGCACAUCUGAGGAAGAACAGUAUCCUGAAGGGAAAUGAAUUACAGUAUGAUAAAGGUAAACAAUUUUAAGAGUGACAUUUACUUUGAUUAUGAAUAAUCCAGGCCCCACCCAUCUCCUCCCAGUCCCCCAGAUGCAAGCCCUGCCCUGAAUAAAAUGCAGGAAAGGACUGAGCUACCCCACCAAAGAGCAGGCAGACAGCAAGGCACAGAGAGUGAGAGAGAGAAAGACACCCAUUUACAGCUUUACUGCCUUGUUGAGUCCGUCAGACUUACUCUCAUCCUCUCCCUCUCUUUCUCUAGGUAGCCUUUUUACAUUUUCUCUUACACAGACACACAGGCACUCAUUGAAAUACACUCAUUCAACUCAGCUCAUUCACAGGCACGGGUCAGGCAGCCUCACAUUUCACCUUGCUCUGCCCCUGGCUGAGAGGAGAGAGCCCUGCAAGGUGCAGCCAUCACACAGGACACUGGAUCCCGCAACUCUGUCAGCUUGGACCGAGGGACCCGGAUGCUCCAGGACAAUCUAACAAGAUCGAGACCAUUUCUUUGGGAUGGAAUUUCAAAGUUCUCAUUCAUCAUUCUGAAGAGCAAGACCAACAGACUAAAGUAAUACACUUGAGUUUGAAAUUGGUCACUCAGGAUUUUUUACCCUCUCUUCCCAUGUUCCUGCUCAGGGCUUCUGCGUGAGGCAGAGUGCCCAGCGAAGACCAGCAUCAUGCCGACUACUUGUGCAAGGUGCUCCUUGGGAGUCUGACCCAUCAUGUGCAAAUGGACACCUACUACCGCUGGUCUCCACUCCGACCUCACCUUUGCCGGCUCAGCCCUCUGUUCUUAUCCUUUUCCCUUUUUAUGCCUGUCCCUGCUCUUUCUGGCUGGCUCUUCUCUUGGAGGUUGCCCACCUGCACUGGGGCAUGACCCCCUUCAAGCGCUGGCACAGGGCACAAACUGCUCAUGGACACUGGAGCGGCACACGCGCAGCUACAACCACCUUGAGGGUGACGUCCGCCUUCGGCGUCUCUAUUCCGCCAACAAGUUCUUUCUCUGCAUCGACAAGACAGGCAAGGUCGAUGGCACCCGGCGAAAGAAUUACCCUGACAGUCUGAUGGAAAUCCGAUCUGUCAGUGUGGGAGUUGUCGCCAUCAAAUCUGUCAGCACCGGCCUGUACUUAGCUAUGUCCAAAAAGGGAACGCUCUUCGGAUCGGUCAGAUACAGCCCCAGCUGCAAGUUCAAAGAGCGCAUCGAAGAAAACGGCUACAACACCUAUGCCUCCCUGCGCUGGAAGCACAAGGGGAGGCAGAUGUUUGUGUCGCUGAACGGCCGAGGGAAACCCCGCAGAGGCCACAAAGCUAGACGGAGACACCCAUCUACUCAUUUCCUCCCUAUGCUGGCCACAUAGCUGGACUUAUGAGCAAUGCUAUGCCAUCUGCACUUGAUGGGGACUUAUUAAAUGUUAUUAAGUUCUGGUUUGUCUGUUUUUUUUUUUUUUUUUUCCUGAGUACUGUCGCACAGUACAUUAACUUAUUACUGUGUCUUCUGGCUCAGCUUAAGACCCAGUACAUUUUAAAGCGAGGGUGUUAAUAUGAUGUAUAUACAGGUUACGUAUUAAUGUUAUUGUUGAGUUAACUAGGCAUUUUACUGCAUCUAUCUGUUAUCCUGUUAUGGCUGAUUUCUGAUUGACAUCGCCAACCUAGUCUCAUUGUAAAAAACAUACUGUAUAUACAAUUCACUGCAGUUUCCAACUGAAAUGAACACUAGUGGCAGUAAAAUGGUGGCAUUUUGUACAUUAUAAAAGACUGUGCUCUUCUUUUUAAAAAACAAAACUCUCAAAACCAGCUAUACCAUUCAAAAGG